AUGAGUGUUUCAGACAGCAGUUAUAGCGGUUUCUUAUCGUUACCUACCGAGAUACGAUGCCAGAUCUACGAGUACCUCCUCACCGAAGAACACGCGAUCACAGUCAGUGCUGGUUACACUACGUGCUUUGGCAAUAGAAUCCAGGAUCGCGCACGCAAAAUCGAAAUCCCGGGUCUACCACUCGAUCUCGCGCCGCUGGCACGACGCUAUCACGAUCCGUCUCUCCUCUCGGUCGCGAAACCACCAACGAUUCCUGUCGACAAUGGGCAUAUGGAAGAUAUUGAGGGCGAGAGACUGGGCUUCUCCGCUCCGGUGGCGCUGUUGUUGACUUCUCGAUUGAUCAAUGACGAAUUGACCGAUUGCACGCGAAGACGAACCCAUAUCGCGCAGGCGCGUUCUACAAUUGAUGCCGAUGGUGUGGUACAAGACGACGGAGAAAACCAAGAAGGAUUAUCACUCUAUGUGUCUUAUCCAUACGGUGUCUUGGUGUUGAAGAACCAGUACCCAUACCUUUUGAAACAAGCGCGAAGAGUCUACAUCUCUGGUUAUUACACCCCUCGCCCGGAAAACGGGCUUGAUCCUCGAGAUCCAGACAUGAGCGAUGAUGAACGCUUGACACCUUCUAGUAGUUUCGCCGUAUCAUCCUUCAACGCCCCAGCGUCAGGACCAUCCACAAGCUUCACCCGGUCUGCUAGUAACCCUUCGACACGAUCAGCUCGCCACGGCGUCUCAAUCAAUCCCACACGUCCGCGCCUCCGCCUUGACCCUCCACUCGCCCGCGAGUUCCGACACGCAAAUAACGUGCCUCGGAUAUUCCCGUCCUUCUCCGCGUCCACGUCAAACGAAGCUCCCGCGGCCCUUGCCCACCUCAUCGCCACACUCUUCCCUAAGCAUACAACGCCCCUUGCAAAACUCACAACACACAUUCUGUUUCCCGGGGAGAAUUCCUACGGCUCCGUCUGGGGGGAUGACAACAGCCCUGUCUCGCACAUCCUGCGCAGUAUACGCGGCGGCAAGAUUGCUAUGAAGGUCAUGCGGGGCAGUUUGGGGACAGGACUCAAGUUGACGGCUAGGCCAAAGCCCGAGACCAGAAUUGUGAGCACGAGUUGGGUGAAUUGGAAGAAGGGCGAUAUCGCUGGGAGAGGCGGAGCGAUGAACAUGAGGAGGGCAGGUGGUAGGCUGAGUGUAAGUGAUUUGGAUGCGUUCCUGAUGGGCGAGGAGGAGUCGUAG